AAGGAGAAAAAUGACCAAGUUCCAGGAGGCGGUGACGUUCAAGGAUGUGGCAGUGGUCUUCAGUGAGGAGGAGCUGGGGCUGCUGGAUUCCACCCAGAGGAAGCUGUACCGUGACGUGAUGCUGGAGAACUUCAGGAACCUGGUCUCUGUGGGGCAUUCAUCCUCCAAACCAGAUAUGAUAUCCCAGUUGGAGAGAGAGGAGGAGAAGCUUUGCAUGAAGGAGAUCCGCACUGAAAGAGGAGGCAGGAAUCCAAAUGAGGCGGAAACUCUUCGCGAGGCAGGAAUCAGGUGCCUGUCACUGGGAGAGCUUUCGUGUUGGCAAAUCAAGAGACAUGUUGUAAGCAAAUUAACCAAAAACCAAGACUCUGGGAUAGAUAUUCAAGGAAAGAGUGCUCCGUUCUUCGACCAGUGUGACUCCCCCUGCCAGGUGGGAGCCGGGAUAUGCAUUCAGGCUUCGGUGGAGGACAGCUGCUUCAUGAACCUUCUGGAGGAUCAUUCUAAGAUACUUGAAAACCAAGAAUUUCUGGCCGGGAGAGUUCAGAAUCCUUGGAGUAAAAUCUAUCUCAGCGAAACACAGAAUUACCAGCGAAGUUGUAAGCAGACUCAGAUGAAAAACCAACUAUGUAUAUUUGCUCCGUAUGUUAACAUUUUCAGCUGUAUUUCACGCCACGAUGACGACACCAUGCACAGGAGAGACAGAGCUCACAACGGUGACUGCGGGAAGGUGUCCCCUCUUCUCCAGCAGACCUACCACUGCAGUGACUGCGAGAAAGCAUUCGGCGAUGGGCGCAGUCUUGAACUUCACCGGCAGGCGCACUCGGGAAAGAAGUCCCCCCCUUACGGCGCACAUGACAAGGGCAGCGGUUACAGCGCGGCUGUUCCCAUUCAGCAAAGUGUCUACACAGGAAAGAAACGCUAUUGGUGUCACGAGUGUGGGAAGGGUUUCAGCCAGAGCUCAAACCUGCAGACUCACCAGAGGGUCCACACAGGGGAGAAGCCCUAUUCGUGCCUUGAGUGCGGUAAGAGCUUUAACCAGACCUCGCAUCUUUAUGCGCAUUUGCCUAUCCACACGGGAGAGAAACCCUACCGCUGUGAGAGCUGUGGGAAGGGCUUCAGUCGGAGCACUGACCUGAAUAUUCACUGCAGAGUUCACACGGGAGAGAAGCCCUACAAGUGCGAGGUGUGUGGGAAGGGCUUCACUCAGAGGUCGCACCUGCAGGCCCACGAGAGGAUCCACACCGGAGAGAAACCGUACAAAUGUGGAGACUGCGGGAAGCGCUUCAGUUGUAGCUCCAAUCUUCAUACCCAUCAGAGGGUCCACACGGAGGAGAAACCGUACAAGUGCGAGGAGUGUGGGAAGUGCUUCAGUUUGAGCUUUAAUCUCCACAGCCAUCAGCGAGUCCACACCGGCGAGAAGCCGUAUAAGUGCGAAGAGUGUGGGAAAGGCUUCAGUUCAGCCUCCAGUUUCCAGAGCCACCAGAGGGUUCACACAGGAGAGAAACCGUUUCAAUGCAACGUGUGUGGCAAGGGCUUCAGCCAAAGUUCGUAUUUUCAAGCUCACCAGAGGGUCCACACGGGAGAAAAACCAUACAAAUGUGACGUGUGUGGGAAGCGCUUCAACUGGAGCUUGAAUCUCCACAACCAUCAGAGGGUCCACACGGGAGAGAAGCCGUAUAAAUGUGAGGAGUGCGGGAAGGGCUUCAGUCAGGCCUCAAACCUGCAAGCUCAUCAGAGUGUCCACACGGGGGAGAAGCCAUUCAAGUGUGAAGCGUGUCAGAAGCGAUUCAGUCAGGCCUCCCAUCUUCAAGCGCAUCAGAGAGUCCACACCGGAGAGAAACCGUAUAAAUGUGACACGUGUGGUAAGGCCUUCAGCCAGAGGUCAAAUCUUCAAGUCCAUCAGAUCAUCCACACGGGAGAGAAACCAUUUAAAUGUGAGGAGUGUGGGAAAGAAUUUAGUUGGAGCGCUGGGCUCAGUGCUCAUCAGAGAGUUCACACGGGAGAGAAACCCUAUACAUGUCAGCAGUGUGGUAAAGGCUUCAGUCAGGCCUCGCAUUUUCACACACAUCAGAGGGUCCACACCGGGGAAAGGCCUUACAUAUGUGACGUCUGUUGUAAAGGCUUCAGUCAGAGAUCCCAUCUUGUGUAUCACCAGAGAGUCCACACUGGAGGAAAUCUAUAGACGGGUUAGGGGUGGUGUAGCCUUCAGUUAGAGUUCACAUCCUCCUCUCUGCUGGAAAAUCCAUGCUGGAACUGUGGAAAGUUCCUUCAGAACUCAGAAACCUCAAGGAAUCUUCACAUGCCUGUAAGCUCUGUACAGUGCUAUUUUAAGGACUCGGUUGGGAGAGAAAUUCUUUACAAACAUCAGAUAAGAGAAAACCUAUAAGUACACUCUGUUUAUACGAGAAUUCUGAAUGUCCCGAUUUUCAGGAAAGAAUUUCAAAAUUCAUCCAAGUCUACCCAGGAAAGAAGCCUUAUAAAUGAAGAAUAGGGGCGGAACUUGAACAAAAAUAUCAUGAUGGGGGAAAUGAAUGGCAAGAGCAAUGUAUCCGCCGCAUCAGGAGUGAGGUUUUUCACUGCUUUAUCUCUACUGUGUAGACGUGCGCUUGGCUUAUGAUAGAUGCCCAGCACUUACUGAACAAAGUGGAGAAAAUCUAUAAUUAGGACAAGUAUUGGGAACUCAUACUCCCCUGCGUGGAUUUCAUAAUAAUAUACUCAAAAGGAAUCUUGCCAGUAGCCUUAAUGAGAUUGCUUUCAGGAAACGUUCAGGUACAGAAGAUCACGUCAUGCCGCCAGCCACAGUACUGCAAAUUCGGAUGGAAUGUGGGAAUGGCCCAUCCUCCAUCCAGCCCUGGUUCUUUGUAGUAGGUCAGCCCUUGUGUACAGCAUAAUAUUUAGUAUCAUUAGUGCUUUAUAGACUGAAAAAUACUGUUUUUAACUAGUAACACAAUACUACAAUUUAUAUGCUUGGAAAUUUUGGACUGUAAUUCAUUAAGGUAGGACUUCACUGUAACUCUCGAAAGUGUUAAAAGUAGACUAAUGACAAGUUUUUUAGUAAACUCGAACUGUUGGCAA